AUGAGUUUAUUAUCUUUUUCUCAAGAUAAAGACAGAUUCAAUAAAGGAGCGUUGUUCAACAUAGGCUAUAUAGUAUCACGAGUGUUUGGUAAUUGGCAUUGCUACGUCUUCCACGACGUAGAUCUUCUCCCUAUCGACGACAGAGUACUGUACUCAUGUCCUCGACAACCUACCCACAUGUCAUCGGCGGUGGAUUGUUAUGAUUUCAGACUACCAUAUUAUGGAUUAUUUGGUGGUGUGACCAUCCUAAAACCUACUCACUACGAAGCUGUAAACGGCUAUUCUAAUUAUUAUUGGGAUUGGGGGGCUGAAGAUGACGAUAUGUACUCCAGAUUACAGGCACAAAAGAUUCCUGUGUUACAUUAUAGCUACUCAUUAGGAAGAUACGCAACUUUACCGCAUGCUCCGGCGAAAGAGAACUCCCAAAAGCAAGUAUCUGGUCAUUAA